AACUGCAGUCUGCAACUUGCAGCUGCUGCAGCGUGCAAGUAUUAAUGACAAUUAUUAUUGGCAAUGGUAAUAAGACAUACGUUGUUAUUUAGAUUUUAGUGUUAACUGUUAAGUGUUGGUACUUGGUAAUUUCCUAACGUUUUAGAACGUUUCCGACCAAAGUUGAUUUUUCUUUAGUUUAUUAUGGGGAACGAUUGUAUAUUUUAACCGUUGCCAAGCAAACAUUAGUGACACCAAAAAAUGACAAUUUCUGUGAUAUUUCUAGUUGAAUAACAAUUAAAAUUUAAUACAAAAAUGAUAUAAAAUACAUGUUGAAUAAUAAUGAACACUAAAGAACGUGCCCGUAAUAGAUGGAAAUUACUGGCAAAUACAGUCAGUAAAAAAAAUCAAGACUGCAUUUCUACACCAAACAUAAGCUAUGGCCUCUUUACUAUCGAAUGUAUUCAUGCAGGAUGGUACAAAUAUUCUGUGUGUAUUCAAGGCGAUCAAUUCUCAGCUAACAUUUGCCGGUCUCCUAUAAAUGUUACCCCCGAGGAACUCAUGGGCUUCAAUAAUACGGGCAAUGUCAGAAUAUGGCCAUCUGAAGAGAUAUUAGCUUACUAUGUUUUAUCAAAUUUGAGUUUAUUUCAAAAUAAGACUGUAUUAGAGCUGGGCGGUGGUAUGAGUUGUUUGGCAGGAAUUAUGGCAGCGUUGUACGGUCAUUGUCGUGAUGUUCACUUGACUGAUGGAAAUCCGAAUUCAGUAUACAACGUCGAACGGAUACUUGAGAAAAAUGUGUUCACAACAAAAGUUUCAUGUUCGGUAUUGAAAUGGCACCAAAAGCCCGCAAACAUUUGUCAUUACGAUGUGGUGUUGGCGGCCGACUGUCUGUUCUUUGACGAGGCGCGUGAUGAUUUGGUGCAUACUAUAUCAUCGAUGUUAGCUUUUGGUGGUAUCGCGUUGGUUGCAGCUCCAAAACGUGGGAAUACACUGUACGAGUUUAUUGAAAUGGCACAACAGGAAGAGUUACACUGUGUUGUACAGCAAAAUUACAAUACCAUAGUAUGGGACUGUCAUUCUAAACAGGUUUCAUAUAACUCUAUGUAUGAUACUGACUCACAUUACCCAUUAUUAAUAUGUAUUACCAAACAGACUAAAAUUAUCGAUUGCCAAUUUCAGUAAUACAUUUUUGGUGCACAAUUUAUUUUUUCAAUAACUGCCUCCUCAAAAUGUAUAUCUAUUAUCUGCGGCAAACAUAAUGACUUCUUAAUCUAUUUUUUAUUUAUAUUAGGUAAUUAUUAAAACUAUAAGAAAUUGUUUUGUUUCUUUAGAUUCCAAGUUAAAUUUUUAAUACAUUUAUUUAUAAAAUUAAAAUUCCUUAACUAUAGUAUAUUUUUUUCUAUAUCUCAAAACUUACUAAAUUUUAGUUAAUUAGUUAGGAUAUACUUAGUUUAUGUCAUAUAAUAUAAGUUAAUAUUCUUUAUGAAUCCUUACCACGUGGCUGUAUCAAAGUAUUCUUCGAUUAUUGUAUUGUUCUAAAUUAUUUAUUUCCAAACUGUAGCUAUAGCCUUACCUAUUAAUUUUGUAUACAUUUAUUAAUUGUUAAUUGAAAUAUUAGGGUACCUUGAUAAGUAAAUGUUACUAACUACCUAGUUUCAUUUAUUGUACAUAAAUACGAGUCUAUUUCCUAUUAUUUGUAAAACAUAAAAAAAGAGUUCCUUAUUUAAAUAGAAAAUAUUCUACUAUAAAAAAUUAUUUAAACAGGGUGUCGCUUAGUUUGAAUAGUUUCUUAACAAUAUUAUAUAGUUUUUAUUAAUUUUUUACUAAUAUUUCUCAACAUUAGUCAAAAUAUUAAUUUAGUUGGUUUUUUGUAUCACCUAUUGGCUUUUAAAACAAAUACCUCAGUUACCUGUCUAGUCCCUACUAAGUAUAAAAUCAUAAUUUAGUGUCAACACUUGUGAUAUUAAUCCUCAAAAUUACUGUCAGGUUAUAUACAGUGAAUAAUAUAAGUAGUACUAAAUUAAUAAUGCGACUAUUACUAAAUAGUACACUUUGCGCACAGCUCAUAUUCAAUUUAUUGCUAAUACUCAAAACUAUGAUUUUAUAUAUUUAAAUUUAUAUGCAAAUUAAUGACCAAAAAUUAAGUUUUAUGUUCAACCAUCAAUCCAUUUUUCCAUAAAUUCUCUUUUUUUUUUGGUUGACCGUUUUUUUUUACUAUUUGUCACUAUAUACAUGUUAUAUCAGAGUAUAUCACCUAACUACUAUUUGUUUGAAACAAAACUGUUUUUGUAAACUCCAUUCAAUUUAUAUUUUUCCUGUUGACGUAUUGUCCCACAGUAAAACUUGCAAUGUGUUAAUUGAAUGAACAAAAUCUGCUGGUGAAAAUAAAUAAGAGUGAAAACAAAUACAACAGUCGUUUCUAUUUUGUCGCACACACACCAUUGACCUAGUUUUUUCACAUGUGUUCCUAUGUAUAAUUUUUUAAUGUAUUGAAACCAGUAACAUGUUGAAUAUAUCCCUUAGUUAAUUUAUAUAAUAGUAUAAACAAUGAUUAAUGUUUAUCUCUAGGUAUUUUAUUGUAUUGGGUAAAUCCCUAUUGGCUAUUCUUAAAAUGUAUUUUUCAAAGUCCAUUUACUAUAACUAGUAUUGCCAUAGUAAUUAUAACACCAAUUUAAUGUCUGUUGAAUUUAUUAAGUAUGCAAUAAUUAUAUUGUGUGUGUUAUGUUAAUUGAUUUUAAUUGUUAACGUGGUUUAGUUUUAUAGUUAAUUUACUUAGGGUCCAAAACGACUUAAUGAUAAUCACAUAUUGCCUAUUAAAUUCUCACUCGAGUAUAGUUUAAUAACUAGAAACAUAAUUUUAUUGUUUAUUAACUACACUAUUGUUAAUAAAACUAAAUAAAAAGACAAUUAUUUUGUACAAUGUUACCAACAUUUUUUAUAAUACAUUAAUUAUGAAUAAUAUGUCAUCUUUGGUCUUCGGCGAAGUAUAUAAUUCUGUAAUCUAGUUAACUUAGUUUUAGAGUCAGAUGUUUUGGUAUUUUCUAUAUUCCACAGUUUUUGCUGUAGUCGCUUAGAUACUGUACGCAUUGUCUGAGCGCUUACACCUGUACAUUCAAAUUCAAAUUGCUGGUGUAUUUUAAAUUAUCAAUAUAUUAAAUCUAUUGUGAUAUACUUUAGAAUUGAAAAGUCAAUCGUUUGUAGUUUCCACUUUCCAAUCAACAUAUUAAAAUAAAUCAUCCAAAACUAUAUCGUUAUAUUUCUUAAAUAUUAUAUUAUUAUUCUUUAUAUUGUAACCACACUUUUUGUUGUUUCUAUAUUAUUAUUAUGGGUUUUGAAUAAUUAAUUAUCGUCACGUGUAGUAUCUAAGUAGAAU